GAAAUUCUGGUCCAGAAUCUGGUAUCAAAUUCCGAUCCCGUAUUGUGUGUGGAAAUGGAGACAUCAUUUGUGGGACCAGUGGUGACGUGAGAGUCACGUGACAUGUCUUCACACAUCAAUUCAAACGAAGAAAUCCUUGAAAUGAAUGCGAAAUCAAAACAAACCUCAAAACACACCACAAGUUUGAUUACCACAAGAGUUAUGCUGUGAUUGUGACCAUCGGAACCAAUUAUACCAUUCCUUAUAUCAUCCACAAUGUGCUCAUAGCUGGCCGUCGUAUCCGUAGCUCAAGAAGUUGUAGGUCUCAAGCGUUGUACCAAUUGGUGGACGAGUGGAUCAAGUGGUGACCCAUUGAGUCCAUAGUCACAUCCAUAGUGAUCAUCAGCGGUGGUGUUUGGGAAGCGUUGGCCAGUGAUGUCCAUCUCAAACAACUCGUUGUACUCAUGCUAUCUGCGGUCUGAAGUGAAUCAGUUUACCUACGAGUACACCAUCGACGGCAUCCGAGAACGCAAUCACCAUCUCAUCAAAAGCGGUGUCUUUCACGCGGACGAGAGCUCCUGGAGUCUCAUAAUCGCACCCAUAGUGAAGAACAUCACCGACGGGAACGAGUAUUUGGGGGUCUUCUUGAACAGGGAGUCGGGAGACAAAGCCGUUUGGACUAAAUACACGUUUUCGCUGUUGAAUUGGUCCACGAAUGACAAGUUCAACGCUAAGACCAACUCGUGUUUCUUCAACCAAAACACUGGUCUUCACGGCCAGAGAGCCACCAAUGGGUUGGUCACCAGUGGCUCCAUGAAUGGCAACGGCAGUGGUGGUGGACAUCAGCGCCAGAGAUCCGCUGGGCAUCAGUGGUCGCCAUUGAGUGAUAACAUUGUCUUAAAUCCCGGUAAUUACGAAGUCCUUCGCUUCGAGUUCUCUUCGCCGCCCAAUCCGUUGCUGUCGUCCGCAAGAGAUGUCAACAGAAGUCCAGUGCAACUGAGCAGCAAAUCCUCUGGCAUUAAGUCAUACAUAACCAGAGACUCGCUCUUCGACGCCAACAAUCAUUUGGUGGAUAACAACAAGAUUACCAUCGCUUGCGAGAUUUGUUUGUAUACAAUCGUGGAUCCGUUGGAAUCGCUGGAGAGAUUCGACUUAAACCUGUCUCAAGACUACUCGGCGCUCCUGAAAGACGGCAAGUAUGCAGACGUGAAGAUCAUAGCCGACAGCCAGGAGCUGAAGGCGCACAAAGCCAUACUGUCCGCCCGUUCCCCGGUGUUCAACGCCAUGUUUAGCUCCGAGAUGUUGGAGACGCGCGAGAAUGUGAUCCGCAUCGACGACCUCAGCCACGAAGUGGUGUCCGAGUUGUUGACAUUCAUGUAUUCGGGGAAAGUGGCGAACCUGUCGAAGGUGUCCAAGGAGUUGCUGUCGGCCGCAGACAAGUACGAGUUGCCACAACUCAGCGAACUCUGCGAAAAGCAUCUCAUGUCCAGCGUCAGCGUGGAGUCGGCCCCCGAGAUACUAGUCCUGUCGCACCUCCACAAAGCCGCUAAGUUGAAGGCAGUGGUCAUUGAGUUCAUAAUCGCCAACCGUAAGGAUGUCAUGAAAAGCGAUAACUGGGAUCUCAUUCGCAACGAACCCUAUCUGCUGGAGGAGCUCUUCACCGCCCUUUCCAAUCAAUUCGACAAAUUCGGUGUUUAUGUCAAUUGAUGUGCAUUUUAUGAGUUAUAAAUAUCUCUAAUUUUAUGUAUUAAUUAAAUCUCAUAUAUUUUAUUCUCAUGUUUUUCUCACAUAUUUUAAUGCUAUUUAUGAAUACGACUAUUCUCUAUAAGUGUCUAAACAUUAUUAGUACCGGUAG